AGUGUAUAGGCACCCGUAGUCCGUACUCGGUGCACAUAACAACAAAACAUUUUUUUUAUUUUCAUAUUUUUACAUUACAUUAUAACUAAUAAUAAUAGCAUGUAAUAAUAUCGGUGUUUAUUAAUUUUGUAUUUUUUGCACCUCAAUAUAUUUUUUUGGUAAACGGGUUACCUAUAUUUAGUAGAAAAGAAAAAAUAUGAUGGAUUCCCAAGAUGCUAAUCGUCCCGAACUACUAGAGGAAGUAAGACUAUUUCGCAACGCUCGUGAACGGGAAAAGUAUGAUAAUAUGGCUGACUUCUAUGCACUAGUCAACACAUUACAGCAUUUGGAAAAAGCAUAUAUACGUGAUUGUGUUACGCCCAAAGAGUAUACUGCCGCCUGCUCAAAACUGCUCGUUCAGUGCAAAGCUUCUUUUAAACAAAUACAGGGUGAUGAUUUUCCAUCGGUUGAGUCAUUUGUAAAAAAAUACAAAUUAGACUGUCCAGCAGCAAUAGAGCGUAUUAAAGAAGAUCGGCCAAUUACAAUUAAAGAUGAUAAAGGCAAUACCAGUAAAUGCAUUGCGGAUAUUGUGUCUUUAUUUAUAACCAUUAUGGAUAAGCUUAGAUUGGAUAUUAAAGCAAUGGAUGAACUUCAACCUGACCUUCGGGAUUUAAUGGAUACCAUGAACAGGCUUAGCAUGUUGCCAGCUGAUUUUGAAGGAAAACAAAAAGUAUCUGACUGGCUAAGUUCUCUAUCAUCUAUGAACGCAUCAGAUGAAUUAAAUGAAACUCAAGUGAGACAAUUGAUUUUUGAUCUCGAAUCAUCUUACAAUGCAUUCAACAAGUUGCUUCAUCAGUCAUCUUAGGCAAAUUUAUUAGUAAAUAUUUUAAGUUAUAACCAAAUACACGAAUAACAUCA